CUCCACCGACCCCGUUUGCGCUCCUAGACUCUCCUCGGCCCCGGCCUCGCCCCCGCCACUCUAGGCUCCGCUCCUCUCGUUGGUUCGUGCCGGGCCGACACUGGCCAGGCGCGGAAGGCGGGGCGGCCACGGGGCUGUGGCGCCGUGCGCAGGUUCCGGCCUCCCGCCCGCCGUUGCGUUGGGGCCGCGCAGCUGGGCCUGGGCCGGCUCUGACCCUCCGCCCGGGCUGGGUCCCGGAGACGCCGUCUCCCCAUGCGCAGGUCUAGGCCGUGGGCCUGCGCUCGUCCCGAGCGGCUCUCCCCCAGGCCCGGCGCCCCCAUUCGGGUUCCAGGGCUCAUACCGGCCCAAUCCAGGCCCCCCUCCGUUUUCUUUUUUCUUUUUCCGGCCAGAAUAGGUUUUUCUUCCCAGUGGUGUCCAGUGGCCUUGGAGCUCCAGAAACGUUCGGGUGAGCUUCUCCCAACAUGUAGAAAUGGGGCUCUGGAAACGGAGUCCUCGAGAGCUGCCCUCAGGGCUCCAGGGCGCCGGCUGUGCGUUCCUUCUUAACUUUCCAAAGUGUCUCCUCAAAGUCACUGCCGCCCGAGGUGCCAUGGCACCCAAGCCAUGGGGUGAGUGGAGCAUGGCCCUGUCCCACCUGGCGCUGGGAGUGGUGUCUCUGCAUGCAGCCCUGAGCACUGCCCAGGCAAGUCGAGGGGCUGCUGCCGGCUUCCUGCUCCAGGCCUUGGCUGCUGCCACCAUGCUGGCUCCAGGGCUAGGCACAGAUGAAGAUUGUCUUGCUGGAGCCUGGGUGGCCACUGUCAUUGGCCUGCCCCUUCUGGCCUUCGAUUUCCACUGGGUGAAUGGGGACCGCUCCUCUGCAAACCUGCUCCUGGGCGGAGGCAUGGUGCUGGCAGUGGCUGGUGACCACCUUGGUGCGGAGGGCCGCUCUGUGGCUGGUCAGGCAGUGGUGCUGGUGGUGGCAGUUACUAUUCUCAUUGUGGCUGUUUUCACGACCAACACUUACGGCAUGUGGGGGGGCUUGAUGCUGGGUGCUGCAGGCCUCCUGGGCCGGCUGGAGGAGGACAGGCUGCUGUUGCUGCCGAAGGAGGACAUCUGUCGCUGGGUCCUGGCCGCGGGCAGUUGGGCCUACCACCGGGCCUUGCACACCCAGCGCCUGCAGUGGGAGUGAUGCUUGGAGACUGCUGGGCUGGGCUUCUGUCCUCGUUACCACCUCACACCUCCUGGGGCCUCCUUCCCUAGAGAUAGACUCUCCUUCCUCCCAAAGGGGGCUUGCUGCAGGGUGACUCCUCCGGUGGAGGGUGAGGACCCGCCCAGACCAGGAUGAAGGGCAUGGGGUCCAAGCACAUUUGGGGGUCUGAUUCUGAGCAGACUAUGGUUGUGGAUCCAGAGAGAGGCUUGGUCUCCAAUAAACCUUAGGGAUUCUGCAGGAA